CUUCGCCUCGGACCGGAAGGGCCACGCUAUAAAUGAAGAGGAGUUUUGGCCGAAAGAAACAACAGAGCGGGGGAAGCUCGGGAAGAUCAAAAUUUUAUUUUCAUGGCGAAGCCCAGAAAGCAGAAAAGCGACGAGCAGAAACCGGAGAGUUCCGGAGGAGUCGUCCUUCACCAGAAACUAUGCAUCUCAGUCGACAUGGAGAAUAGAAGAAUUUACGGGCACACUGAAAUGAAAGUAGUUGUCCCAGAAAGUGGCGACAUUGCUUUACAUGCAGAGAACAUGGUAAUCAGCAAAAUAACUGUAGACGGGAAAGAUGCUGAAUUUGAACGCUUUCCUCAUUAUCAGUUUGUCGAUGAGAGCAGUUGGUGCUCGGUAACUUGCUCAAAGUCAGCUGCUGAUGUUGCAUGCUCAAGCUAUAUUUCUUUUCUGAUCAGAGAAACAUCUCCAAAUCUGAUUAUUACAUGCUGCAAUAAAUCAAAAGAGCCGCAAAGCAAUCUGAGACAGACUGGUCCAGAAAAUAUUAUUCAGAAUUCAGGUUCAGAGCAGGUUGUUAAUGGUUGCAAUGAGCAUCGAGAGCAUAAGGUUACUUUAGAUGUGAAGAUAAUUUGUAUAGAUUACUGGUUAGAUCAGACAGAAACUGGAAUCCAUUUUGGGGAACAUAUUCUUCAUACUGAUAAUCAGAUAAGACGCGUCCAUUGCUGGUUCCCUUGCAUGUAUUCAUUUUCACAACAUUGCUUGUUUGACCUAGAAUUUACCGUUAGUUCUAAUUACGUAGCUGUCAGUAAUGGUGAUUUACUUUAUCAGGUAUUGAGCAAGGAUGACCCUCCUCGCAAAACAUUUAUCUAUAAGCUGAAUGUUCCUGUCAAUGCUCGGUGGAUAUCCUUGGCUGUUGCUCCAUUUGAAGUGCUUCCUGAUAAUCAUAUUGGCAUUGUCUCUCACAUGUGUCUAUCUUCAGAUUUGCGAAAGCUUCAGAAUACAGUUGGCUUUUUCCACAAUGCAUUUAGCCACUAUGAAGACUAUCUAUCCACUUCUUUUCCCUUCGGUUCAUACAAACAAGUUUUUAUCCCACCAGAAUUAUCUAUAACUUCUGUUAGCAUGGGUGCUUCUAUGUGCCUCUUUAGCUCGAAGCUCUUGUUUGAUGAGAAAGUUAUAGAUCAGACAAUUGAAACAAGAAUCAAACUUGCCUAUGCCCUUGCAAGGCAGUGGUUUGGCGUCUACAUAUUUGCAGAGGAGCCGAAUGAUGAAUGGCUAUUGGAAGGCUUGGCUGGUUUUCUUACUGAUUCAUUCAUAAAAGGAUUUCUUGGGAAUAAUGAGGCAAAGUACCGGCGUUACAAGGAUAACUGUGCUGUUUGUAAAGCUGAUACUUGUGGGGCAACUGCUUUGUCCUCUGCGGCUGCUUGUAGUGAUUUGUAUGGAACUCAAACUAUUGGUGUAUAUGGAAGAAUUCGUUGCUGGAAAGCAGUAGCGGUACUUCAGAUGCUUGAGAAGCAAAUGGGUCCUGACUCCUUUCGGAAGAUACUCCAAGUCAUCAUUGAAAGGGCUCCAGAUCCGUGCCGCUCCACAAGGGCUCUUAGUACAAAGGAGUUCAGGCAUCUGGCAAAUAAAGUUGGGAACCUUGAACGGCCAUUUCUUAAGGAAUUUUUUCCUCGCUGGAUAGAAUCUUGUGGAUGCCCCGUAUUAAGAAUGGGGCUCUCUUAUAACAAGAGGAGGAACAUGGUUGAAUUGGCUGUCCUGAGAGGAUGCACGGUAAAGGUUGGAUCUGUUUCUAGUAGCAAUCCAUGUAAUGAAAGCCAAGACAGUGAUGUGGGUUGGCCUGGAAUGAUGAGCAUCAGAAUUCAUGAGCUUGAUGGAACAUAUGAUCACCCAAUUCUUCCCAUGGCUGGGGAAGCUUGCCAACUACUAGAGAUACAAUGUCAUUCUAAGUUAGCCUCUAAAAGAAUUCAGAAACCCAAGAAGGCUUCUAAAGCUGAUGGAUCUGAUGAUAAUGCGGAUACUGCUCCUAGUCAAGAUAUGCGUACGAGUAUGGAUUCUCCCUUGCUAUGGAUCCGUGUGGACCCUGAGAUGGAAUUUCUUGCUGAUGUUGAUUUUCUUCAGCCCGUUCAUAUGUGGAUCAAUCAGCUAGAGAAAGAUAAAGAUGUGGUUGCUCAAGCACAAGCAAUUGAAGCACUGAAAAGUCUGCCUCAACUUUCGUUUGCUGGAAUUAAUGCUUUGAACAACUUUCUCAGCGAUUCAAAGGCAUUUUGGAGGGUUAGAAUUGAAGCGGCAUAUGCAUUGGCACAUACAGCUUCUGAGGGAUCUGAUUGGGCUGGUUUAGUGCAUUUAAUUAAGUUCUACAAGAAUAGAAGAUAUGAUGGUGAUAUUGGAUUGCCUAGGCCUAAUGACUUUCAUGAUGUUCCAGAGUACUUUGUUCUUGAGGCCAUUCCCCAUGCUGUAGCUAUGGUUAGAGCUUCAGACAAUAAAAGCCCAAGGGAAGCAGUUGAGUUUCUUUUGCAACUUUUGAAGUACAAUGAUAACAACGGGAAUCCCUAUUCAGAUGUUUAUUGGCUAAUCACUCUGAUUCGCUCUGUCGGUGAACUUGAGCUUAGUCAGCAGAGUAUGUCUUUGUUACCUUCUCUGCUAAAAUGCAUUGAUCGACUACUGCAAUUUGACAGCUUCAUGCCUAGUUAUGAUGGAAUCCUUGCUAUCAACUGCCUCCACACCCUAGUGCGAGUUGCAUUGAAGUUGUCAACCACAAUUCCUUUUGAUCAUGUUUGUGAGCUCAUAAAACAUUUCAAAAAUGCAGAGAGAUCGUCUUGGAAGAUUCGAAUCGAAGCAAAUAAAGCACUUCUGGACCUCGAAUACUACUUUAAAGGUCUUGAUGCGGCUCUCUGUUUGUUUACCAAGCUCAUGGUGGAAGAAGCUUCUUUACGAGGGCAAACAAAGUUGGCCGUCCAUUUAGUGCAGCUAUGUCAAAUAAACUCUGAAUCUGAAAAUGAAAAUGCUGCAUCUUGUGCCACUUUAGUUGCUCUUUUACGGAUUCUUUCAAGCCGAAAGGCCUUCAAUAAUGUCUUCCUUCGACACCACUUGUUCUGCAUUUUCCAAAUUGUUGCUGGGAGGGUACCAACACUUCACGGCUUCAGAAAUGUCAAAAUAAACCAGGUAACACCUAUGGAAUCAACUGGUGAGCAACCAGCUAGGUCUACAUCAUUGAAGUUGAAGAUCACAAGAACUCAGGAAGUGCUUGCUGAUACUCCAAACCCUUCAGUUGAUGCACCUUCCAUUCCAGAAGCAACCAAGGAGGUUGAUACUGUUUCUAAUCGAAGUGAGGGGAGGAUGAAUAUUUUAAAGAUAAGAGUCAAGCAACCUGCAUCAUCGAGUAAAGCAGACGGUCCCGAUCAACUACCAGGGCAAGCUCGUGCCUUGGUAAAUGAAACGGAGGUAGGGCACAGCAGUUCUGUCUCUGUAGAUGCGCCCCCUAUGAAGGGACCCAUCGAACUACCAUGCACUAGCAAUCAAAAUAUUGAGGAAGUGAGCUCUUCUUGUUACCAUGAAUCUCGAGUGACAGCAAUCAUUGUUUCCAGAAAAUUAACAAACAAAGAUGAAGAUGGCAAGGAGCUGCAGUGUACUGCUAAUUCAAGUAAUGUUCUUGGAGAUGGCAGUGGUGAUCAAAGUUUGGCUGUAUGGAAGCUUGAUGAUGCAUCUCUCGACACGGAUUUUCUUGAAAGAAAGAGGAAAAGGAAGAAAGAGAAGAAGGACAAGGGUAGUAAGAAGAAACAUGGAGAGGGACAUCGUUCUGAUGAUCCUGCAUAUUUGGAGCACAAUCGCUUGAAGAAGGAGAAGAAAAAGUUGGUCAAAGGGCUUGCUCGAAUGCAAGAAGAUGAAGCAAGAACUUCUGCUAGCGAGUCGCAGGAUACCAGAAAAGUUUACAAGUCUGGAUUUUCCUCUAUAGGGGACUCGAAUAAAUUGGAAGAAAGUGAUGUACAUGUUUCAAAACCUGCUGAAACUACCCGUGAUACCUUGCAGGGUAGCAAGGGAACUAAAAUUAAGAUCAAGAUUAGGAAUCAAAGUACAGGAAUGAGCUAGAGUGAGUUUUAAAAAUGGUGCAUUCGUGGGCUUGCACAGGAGGAAUGAAUAUGUGACAGGGUUUAAAUGUGGACAUUUAAAGAUUGAUAAAGGCUUUAUAGCAAUAGCUUUUUUGGGUAUUGCAUGACGAUUGAGGAGUAAGGCAGUAUGCUUGUUAUGAAUUAUUAUUUUGGUGGAUACCAUAAUAAACUCGGCCCAGCAUUACUUCUCAGAAACUCCCUAACUGCUAACUGCUUCCUGUACGGAGCUUAUGAAGAUUGAUCAUGGUCAAGCCUUACCCAUCUUUCUAAUCUGAUCAGUUCUGCAGGCAAUGUGGCCAUGGCUUUUACUUUUAUCCUGACUUCACCUUUGUUCCACUGCCCUUUGUAAAAUAAAAAAUAAAUAAAUAAUAAAAAAAAAACUAAAUUUUGUAGGUAUUAUGGACACCUAACACAUACGUUUGACCUGGUAGAUAGGUUAUAUGCAAUUACCAGAUUCUGGACUGGAUUGCAUUUUCCAAGGACAUGGAAACCUGACCUCUGUUAUUAGAGCAAUUGCUCGCUUUAUCAGCGACAUUAGAUUAAAAAUUUUCUAACAUGUUUUAAGAACUGUUUUGUGCAUUUUAGUAAUGGCCGGAAGUAAAUCAGGUUUUUUCUUGCUUCUUUAUUUCUAAUUCAUGAACGCUGGAGAAUAAAAGAUUGAGAAUUUAAGGUACGAUUCAGUUGGUUUAUGAUGAUUUAUGUUUUAUUUCAAAGAAAUA